CCAUAUCGGAUCACUAUAAAUAGUCAAUCGAGGGCCCAGUGUCAUAGCAUUAGCCUGACAGCCGACAGCCCAGCACUAUCACAGCACCAUGUACAAGCUCCUCCUCAUCGCCGCUCUCCUGGGAUGCGCCCUGGCCGCCCCCCUCAACGAUGACACCAUCACCAAGUUCCUGACCAACCAGGAUACCGACGGCACCUACGCCUACGACGUCCAGCAGGCCAGCGGCAUCCAGUUCCAGGAGGAGGGCCAGGCUGGGCACUACGCUCGCGGCGCCUACAGCUACAUCUCCCCCGAGGGCAUUCCUGUCCAGGUUGUCUACACCGCCGACGAGAACGGCUUCCACCCCCAGUCCGACCUUCUGCCCACUCCCCCACCAAUCCCAGAGGCCAUCCUGCGCUCCAUCCAGUUCAUCCAGGAGCACCCCACGCCUGAAGAGCUGGCCGAUCGCGCCGUGCGUGCCCAGCAGAUCUAAGAUCAUAGUAGUCCUAAGCUUGCCUAAGUCGUCACCAUUCCGGAUAAUGUAUUUCGUGUCCUCCAUCCACCCCAUACGAAUAAAGCCAUCCGGCUGCGGUUGGUGUUAAUUGAA